AUGAGUGCCAAUACGCAAACGAUACAACUAGUCGUAUUAUUUGUUGUUGUGCUGUACAGCGCGCUACUACCACGAACGGGAAGCGUAAAAAGUCAAAUUAGUAGCUAUGCAGACACAGCUGGUGAAUGGUCGUUGGACUUGAAGAAGUCGUUAGUGAAGUUCGGCGCACGCGCGGCUGGCAAAAGCAACUCGGAAGCGCCACCAUAUAAGCUAACGUCGCAACAAAUGGAAGACUACGAGGCAAUAAUGAGUGCUGGCGAGGAUAUGCCUAGCGAUUCAGUCGCAUAUCGCAAUCGCACAAAAGGCCAAAUGGGCGACGAGUAUGUGCCGGAAGAUACGCGAAGCUUUCUCUGUCUGCCGAUCAUGCGUAUUUUCACUGUGGAUGUGCGUCGCGUUGUGAUUGCAGGGGAGCGCGUUGCUGUGGUUGGUGAUCAUGCGCGGCUGGGCGCAUGGCAGGUGGAACGAGCUGUGGUGAUGACGCCAAGCGGUCGCGACAACGGCGUCUGGUCAGCUAAAGUGGCAAUUUGCGCCAACGCGCGUAUACACUAUCGCUACUUUAUCUUCAGCGUCGAUAGGUACGGCAGGCGACGGGUGCACGAAUGGGAGGGUGUACCGUAUGGCCGCGUGUUGGAGCAAUACCAGAUGUAUCGGCCACCUGGGAAGGAUCAGUUUGGUUUGCUGUCACACAUGACCGUGGGUGAUGUGGAGCACGAAAAAGGUUGGCUGCGCCAUGAGUAUGCCAUCGAAUUUAAGUUCAUUUGGGAUCAGCAUAUGAAGUUUUACCCUUAUAUGCACUUGAAUCGGGCCACGAAAUUUCUGCUGAAGAUGAGCGUUUCACAAAAUGGUUUUGAGUUGUCGCCCAGCGCUUGGCGCGACACCGAACUGGAGGUGUCACACUACGCUUAUAAUCGCUCGCAGUUUAAACCGCAAACUGAGCGGGGCGUACCCUACAUAGCGGGCGAUGUUGUCAUAUUUCGCUUCACAGCCGCGCUGAACACCAAACACUCAUAUCAGCUGAGCGUUUUUACGGCGGAUGGUGAUCGCGUGGGCGAAGCACUAAUUCUGUCUCUAGAUUUGCGGGGCGGGGAGGGCGUGCUGACCCUGCCUAUACAAGGCGCUGUGAAUGGCUUUCAAGUUGGUGCGCUGACGUUGCCCUACGUGAUUAUACGCCCUUUGGUUGACGCCGCAGAUUAUAACUUGCGCGGCAGUUUUCAGCGCUACUGGCCCAUGAAUUGGCCAUCGGUGGAUAUAGGGCAUCGCGGCAUAGGCGCCAGCUACAACGCGGAUGCACCAUUGAUGGAAAAUACUUUAGCCAGUUUUUUGUACGCGCACAGAUUCAAAGCAGAAAUGGUGGAGUUGGAUGUACAGCUGACGCGCGACUAUGUGCCGAUAGUCUGGCAUGAUUUCGGUUUCAAAACCGCCCCAAAAGGGCGCUUUGUGGAGAGCGUAGAGGACUUGGAUUAUGUGCUAAUUAAGGACCUAACCUAUGAGCAACUGAAAAGCCGUCGCGUAUUUGCUGUUGAGGAUGGCGACAUCUAUGAAUACACGAACUACAACGCGCGCAAUGCUUCGGAGAUGGAGCGUUUAUUUGUUACGCUGCGUGAAAUAUUCCAAAUAUUGCCCUCAACACUCGGCCUGGAUAUAGAAAUUAAAUGGCCGCAGCCUUUAGUGAGCGGCGCAUUGGAGGCAGCGCAAACGCUGCGGAAAAAUCGCUUCGUCGACACCAUUUUGAAAACGACCGGUAUAUAUGGUUGCGGUCGUCCCUUAUUCUUCUCCAGUUUCGAUGCAGACAUCUGCACUAUGUUGCGCCUGAAACAGAAUGUCUUUCCCGUAGCUUUCGUAACAAUUGGUGAAACGCGCUUGUGGGAACCCUUUAAGGAUUUGCGCACGCGCAGCUAUCUGAGCGCCGUGAAUUUUGCACAAUCAGCAAAUCUGUUGGGUACCGUGCCGCAUGCGGAAGACUUUCUGCAGCACGGUGCGCUGCUUGACUUCGGUUUGGACUUGGGUCAGGCGACAUUUGUAUGGGGCGAUGAGCUCCAAGAUGCACGCAUUGUUGAGCAAUUCAAACGUUGGCAUGUGUCCGGCGUAAUUUAUGACCGCAUCGAUUUGUACGGCCCGCGGCGCAAGCGCGAGCGCUUCUUCAGCGCACCAGAGUUACUCGACAUAUUCACGCGUCAGUGCAUUGUUGUUGGACAUUCCAACUGCAGCAGUGAGUUCGCGCUGCCGGAUGGCUUCGAUUUACAUGGAAAACCGGUGAGUCGACUUGGCUGUGAGGUGAUUGUGCAGCAGAUCGGCUGA